CUUCAAUUAUAUAGGACUGUGUUGUUAUUAUAGUAAUUAUUGAUCACAGAACAUUCUAUAUGAAAAAAUGGUACUUCUCACGAUUUUAGCGAAGAUCGACGUAAAAUUGAUCGCACCACUUCUUGCUGUGGUACAGAUUUCAAUUAUAACAAUUUCUGAGAACAUCAAAUAUCAGAAUUAUCCACCUCAAGCUAAUUGUUCUGAUGGAGAUAGUUUCGACUUUAUAAUAAUAGGUGGCGGAGGUGCUGGCUGUGUAAUGGCCAACCGGCUAAGUGAGAUCUCGAAUUGGUCAAUUCUCGUUAUUGAAGCUGGAGAAGAUCCGCCACUCGCAUCUGAUAGUCCAGGAAUUUCAACGCUAGUAGCACCCAAAUUGCCACGAUGGGAAUUCCAUUCUACGGAUGAUCAAUACUCUAGUCAAGCGCUGCAGUCGAAGAAAAUAGUUUAUUCUCAAGGAAGGAUGACAGGUGGAUCGACUGGCUUAAACUUUAUGUAUUACGUCAAAGGCAACGACAAAGACUUUGGUGAAUGGGUCGACAAAGGUAAUAAGAAUUGGGAUGCGGAAAUGGCACGCAAAUAUUAUUACAAAUCCGAAAGAUUUACAGACAACGAAAUACUUGCCAGUGAAACAGGUCCAUUGCAUAACACAAAAGGAUAUCUAGGAGUUACUAAAUAUGACUGGCAGAAAGAAACUAAGGAAUUAUUUAGCGCGUUGAAGCAAAACGGUCGUAAGAUUCUACAAGACACAAAUGGGAACGAGCAAAUCGGAUACUCACUACCACAAUUCUCAAUAGCCGAUAAACUAAGACAGAGUUCCAUUGUAUCCUACAUUAGACCGAUAAAUAGGCGAAAUCUUUCACUACUUAGAAGUAAUUAUGUCAGUAAAAUAACCAUUGUUGGCGAUGUUGCUAUUGGUGUAGAAGUUACUGACAAGGAUGGUAAUGUUAAAAAGCUAAAUGCUAAGAAAGAAGUAAUUUUAUCAGCAGGAGCAAUAAAAAGUCCACAAGUACUCAUGGUAUCUGGGAUAGGACCUAAAGACGAGUUACGAAAAUACAACAUUCCAGUAGUUAUUGACUCACCACACGUCGGUGCUAACUUUCAGGAUCAUUCGAUAAUUCCCAUAAUGAUUUCUGGAAAGAAAGAUUUCUUCUUUAAAUCAUAUUUAAGUGAUUUAGAUGUCCUUAGUAAAAUAGAUGAAUUUCCAAAACCUUGCGUCAUGGGAUUUGAAGCAUUAGAUAAAAAUGACACUCAGCCACAGUAUCAAGUGAUAGCUUUUCCUUUUCCACAUGGCAGUUUGUUCAGCACACUUAUGUGUGUCGAAGUAUUUAGAUGGAACCAAAAAAUUUGUGAAAACAUAGCUGAAGCAUCUCAUCAUGAUGUGUUAUUUGCACUUAUCGUACUAUUACACCCUAAGUCUCGGGGAUAUGUAGGUAUUAAAAGUAAUAAUCUAAAAGAUAAUCCCGUUAUUACAACAAACUAUUUUGCUGAUAAGGAAGAUAUAAAAACUUUUGCACGUUCAGUCGAAGACUUUGUUUCAAUAGUCAACACGCCCGUUUUUAAAAAAGUUUUAUGACAGUUGCUGAUCUGGAUGUAGAGCAAUGUAAACUCAUACCAUUUGCAACACCAAAGUACUGGGAAUGUUAUGUUUUGAACAUGGCUUCUACACUUUACCAUCCAGUUGGUACAUGCGCAAUGGGUCCAAAAGGUGUAGUAGACGAAGAUCUUCUCGUAAGAGGUUUGAAAAAUUUACGAGUGGUAGAUGCCAGCGUUAUGCCAACCAUAGUAAGUGGAAAUA